AUGGCCUGCACGGGCCCGUCGCUCGCCAGUGCCUUUCGCGUCCUGGGCGGCGCAGGCCAGGACAAGCUCCUGUACCUUAAGCACAAGCUGAGGACCCUGCGGCCCGGCGGGCGGGGGGCCGACCUCCUGCACGCCAUGGUGCUGCUGGCGCUGGGCCAGGAGGCCGAGGCCAGGAUCUCCCUGGAGGCCCUGCAGGCGGACGCCGUGGCCCGGCUCGUGGCCCGCCAGUGGGCCGGCCUGGACGGCGGCGCGGAGGCCGCGGAGGAGCCCCCCGACGUGUCCUGGGCCGUGGCCCGGCUGUACCACCUGCUCGCCGAGGAGAGGCUGUGCCCGGCCCCGCUGCGGGACGAGGCCUACCGGGCCGCCCUCCGCGUCUUUGGCGCCAGGGACGACCCCCAGCUCCAGGAGCUCCAGGACGAGGCCCGGGACCGGUGCGGCUGGGACGUGGUGGGGGACCUGGGCCACUUCCAGCCGCUCCACUCUGCCCUGGGCUGCCUCCCGCCCUCCUCGGCACCCCCCUCCAGGACGCGCAGCCAUCCUCAGCCCAUCCAGGACCCCUUGGGCUGGAGCAGGGGGUGCUCCCUCAGGUCCACCGGCAGCCCGGCGUCCCUGGCCAGCAACCUGGAGAUCAGCCAGUCGCCCACCAUGGCUCUCCUCAGCCAGCACCGCAGCCCCCCGGGCCCCAGCCAGCUGUGUGGGGAGCCCCCGGUGGCCGAGCCCGAGCCGGUCCCCGCAGCCUGCCAGGAGCCCGAGGAGAUGAGCUGGCCCUCGUCGGCGGAAGAGAGGGCGGACGCCCUGGUGCCGUCAGCUAGCCCAGCCCCCGGGCUUCCCGAGGUGACCGAUGCAAACCCUGCUGGCCUGCCAAGCGCUGCUGACGCCCCCGGCACCAGCACCCACUUCCCAGUGGAAUGCACGGAAGCCCCCCAGGCACCAGCCCCCAAGUCUCUCCCCUCGCCCCCCAGAAACACCUGCCCCGUCGAGGACCCAGAGCCACUACAAACUCCCGUUGAAGAUACCACUUCCCCCGCGGCCCGGCCGAGCCCACCCACCUCCUCCGCCCCCACAACGUCCCCUCCCAACCCUUCCCUCCCGCCGCCUCCCGCUCCCCCGGCCCCCUCCUCCGGCCCGUGUCCCCCGUCCCCCGAGUUCGAGCCGUCCGAGCAGAAGUUCUUCAGCUUCGUGGUCCUGCACGCCAAGGCGGACGAGCACAUCGCCCUGCGCGUCCGGGAGCGGCUGGAGGCCCUGGGCGUGCCCGACGGGGCCACCUUCUGCGAGGACUUCCAGGUGCCCGGGCGCAGCAGCCUGUGCUGCCUGCAGGACGCCAUCGACCACUCGGCCUUCACCGUCCUGCUGCUCACGGCCAACUUCGACUGCCGCCUGAGCCAGCACCAGCUCAGCCAGUCGCUGAUGAGCAGCCUCACGCGGCCGGGCUGGCAGGACGGCCUGGUCCCGCUCCUGCCCCAGGAGACCGCCCGGUCCCAGCUCAGCCCCGCCACCGCCCGCCUGCUCGCCGGGCUGGUGUGGCUGGAGGAGCACUCCCCGAUCUUCGCCAGGAAGGUAGCCAACACCUUCAGGCCUCAAACGCUCCGGGCUCGCAAGGCCCUCUGGAGGCAGGAGCAGGACGCCCGGGCCCUGCAGGAGCGGCAGGAGCACCUGGAGGGCGAGCGGCAGCGGGCGGCGGCCCUGAGCACGGCCUACGCCGCCUACGUCCAGGCCUGCGCGGCCUGGCAGGCGCAGGUGGAGCAGCUGCAGGCCGCCUUCCGGAGCCACAUGCCGUUCGGGGCUCAGGUGCCCUCUGGGGGCCCGGGGCCCCUGGGAGCCCCGCCACCCUUCUCUGCAUGGCCCAGCUACUCGCCACCCACCCUGCCUCCGUGGCUGGUUGGCACCCCCAGCCCGACCUCCCCCCAGCCUCCGGCCUGCCCGCCGGCCCCGCCUGCGCCCCCUCAGAGCCCGGGGCUGCAGCCCCUCAUUAUCCACCACGCGCAGAUGGUGCAGCUGGGGCUCAACAACCACAUGUGGAACCAACGAGGGGCCCCAGCGCCCGAGGACCAGGCCCGGGAAACGGAAUGA